AUGAUAAUACCUAUUUUAUUAAUCACAAAUUUGAUUACAUCAUCUGCUGUUUAUACAUUGGUUGGAGAAACUCCAUGCACAGGAUUAAUAAAUACAGCUUGUACUGCAAGUGCAAUUUCUGGAUUUGGAUAUUGUUAUUGGGAAACGUAAUUUAUAAAACAAUUAUUUUUAUUUUAGCAAUUGUUAAACCCUACCAUGUUAUAUGAUUGAUGAAAUUGCUGCCUGUAGAACAGGUUCUGGAUUACCUACUGGAGGUGCAUCUACUCUUUGCGAUUCUUUAGAAACAUUCAGUUUAUAAUAUGAUAAUGUUUGUUGUGAUAAAUCAGAAGGAUAAUUAAAUUAUGCUUUUGUUAGAUUUGCUAAAACCACAGAUGGUCAUUUUGAUAAAGCAAGUGAUGGAUCAACUACAUUAGCAUCUCUAAACUAAUAAACUUCAGCAAUUAUCUUUUAAUUAUACACAGUAAAUCCAUGGAAGAUUAUGCCAUCAUUUUAUAAUUUGCCUACAGCAACUAAUUUUGAAUCAUAAUUAGGAGCCAUUUUAGAUUAAUAUAAAUUUUUAGCUCCUGCAUUACAAACUUAGUCAGAUUCACAUCCUUUUUACAUGGAAAGAACUGUGUAUUAAUCAUUACAAAUGUUAAGAGUAUAUAAUUAAUUCUCAAUCUUAGGAUUUCCUUGUUUUAUAAACAUCUCCAUAAAAUACAAUGAGAGAUAAUUUAAUAAAAAAAAUAUGGUCAGUUACCCUUAUAGCAUUAUUUAGAAUGGUCAAAUUUUAACCUAAUUAUUAUUCAACAAAUUAUUAUUUUAUCAAUUUUGCCAUUAUUCCUUAUUCAAGAAAUUCAAUCACACUUAAUGGACAACAACAUACAACUAAAAUUGAUUGGACAGGUUAUUCUUAUAGUUAAAAUGGAUAUUUAAUGGUGUAUUCAUUUCCUCCUGAAAUAUUUGGAAUUAGAAAUGCUUACUCAGAUGUUAUCUGUUUAAGACCAAUAGUUGGAAGUUCACCAGUUUAUGAUGCGAAUGAAAAUACUUUUGAUACUGGUUUCAAACCAUUAACUUUCACAUGGUCCUGGACUGACCCUUCAUUAACUGUUGUUGCUGCCAAUCUUAAAUUAUUUAAAUUUCCUAUUGGUGAUGCUUUAGAAACUGGAAUUACUUAAGAAACUGCCACCUUUACUUGUUAUAUGAGUGCUAAAUAUUGUGUCUCUUCUAGUGUAACAGCUACACCUCCUAAUACAGGAGUUAAUUAUUAUAUCACCACUGGAUUAGGAGUUACUGCAGAUAAAAAUAAGGUAUAAUGUAGAUUGUAAGGAAAAUCAUGGUCAGGUACAAUUUGUUCUUGAA